GCGUAAUUUCUGUAAGUUAUGGAAUCAACCCCCGAAUCAACCACGAAUCGAAGCAGACGAGAUUUUGCAUUCCCUGGUUUUCUCCAUCAAAAAGAUCGCUGAAGAUGUUUAAUGUGGACUUCAAAAACGAGGAUGAAGUCAAAGACUACAUCAAGAAUGUAGGAACAGAAUAUAGCUUCCAAUGCUACAAGGAAAAGACACCCGAUGGUUGUUUCAGACUUGGUGACUUCUUUGCGGGUGUAAAGAAUGACUUCCCCCAAGCAGCCAAGGCCUAUCAGUUGAGCUGUGAUGACUUUGACCAUCCUAGAGGCUGCAGUAAGACUGGGGCUUAUUACCUCUAUGGAAAAGGUUUUGAGAAGAACAAGGAGAAGGCUCUUCAUUACUUCAUCAAAGGCUGUGACCUAGGCAACCAAGAUGCCUGCUUUGGUGCAGGCUCUGUCUUCAUGUCAUCCAAGAAAGGUACCCCAGACUCAGAGUUAAAACAAGACAGGGACAAAGGGCUCAAGCUACUUGAGACUGCGUGUAAAAAGGAUCACCAGGCGAGCUGUUUCAAUCUCAGUGCUGUGUACCUCAAGGGGUUAGGUGGCAUGGAGAAGGAUAUGAAGAAGGCGAUUGAGUAUUCAACGAGGAGUUGCGAGCUCGGUCACAUGUAUGGAUGCGUCAACGCGAGUAGAAUGUAUAAAUUAGGAGACGGGAUCGCAAAGAACGAGGCCUUAGCGAAUAAAUACAAGGAGAGGGCGAAAACGCUUCACGAUGAAGCUAAAGAGACUAACAGACAGUUGCAUUUUGGACAGACGUCGUGAUAUGAUGGAAAAGCUUGCUGUUUACAAGUCUGAUGGACUUUGUCUCCUGUAGCAAAACCCAGGGCUUGACCCAUCGGGCGCCCAGGGCUCAAAUGGACGCCUAAACUAGAAGUCUAGAGUCAACAUAGAAAUUGAAAUAUUUACAUUUGGCUUGUGCUUUAAUACAUGUGCAGAAUUAAAAGCGGUCACUACAGACCCCCUUUCCAAAAAGUGAGUGUGUAGACCUGCAAUACCAGAGUAUAUGAACAUGUAAUGUGUGUCUGUGAGAUGUUAUUGUCUUUUGAUGAGCUACCCAAAAUAUCAUAUUCAGCUCUCUAAAGACAAGCAAAGAAAUAUUUAUAUUGAUUGAUGAAGUGAAUAAUUACACAAAUACU